CGCCCUCUAACUAGUAGUAGUUUCUGCUCCUCCAGUUGAGCGGCGAGCGGGAAGCGGCAGCAGUCGCCAUGUCCACCUCGUCGUCCUCCCGCGUCCUCCUCGGGCGCCUGCCCCUCCUCUUCUGCCGCCGACGCCUAUCCACAGCAGCGGCGGCAGCCGCAGCACCAGCCUCGGCCUCGGCCUCUGAGGGGGAGGGGAAGAAGGAGGAGGAGGUGGGCGGCGGCGGCGGCGUGAUAUCGAUGAAGGGCGUGCGGAUAUCGGGGCGGCCGCUGUACCUGGACAUGCAGGCGACGACCCCCGUGGACCCGCGCGUGCUGGACGCCAUGCUGCCCUUCUACCUGUCGCGCUUCGGCAACCCCCACUCCCGCACCCACCUCUACGGCUGGGAGUCCGACGCCGCCGUGGAGGCCGCCCGCGCCCAGGUGGCCGCCCUCAUCGGCGCCGACCCCAAGGAGGUGUUCUUCACCUCGGGUGCCACCGAGUCCAACAACAUCUCCGUGAAGGGCCUCAUGCGCUUCCACCGCGACAGGAAGCGGCACGUGGUGACCACCCAGACGGAGCACAAGUGCGUGCUCGACUCCUGCCGCUGGCUCCAGCAGGAGGGCUUCGAGGUCACCUACCUGCCCGUCCGCCCCGACGGCCUCGUCGACCUGGACGCCCUCGCCGCCGCCAUCCGCCCCGACACCGGCCUCGUCUCUGUCAUGGCCGUCAACAACGAGAUCGGCGUCGUCCAGCCUCUCGAGGACAUCGGCUGCAUCUGCCGGGACAAGCGCGUCCCCUUCCACACCGACGCCGCCCAGGCGCUCGGCAAGAUUCCCAUCGACGUCGCCCGCAUGGGCGUCGCCCUCAUGUCCCUCAGCGGCCACAAGAUCUACGGGCCCAAGGGCGUCGGCGCCCUCUACCUCCGCCGCCGCCCCCGCGUCCGCGUCGAGCCCCAGAUGAGCGGCGGCGGCCAGGAGCGCGGCAUCCGCAGCGGCACCGUCCCCACCCCGCUCGCCGUCGGCAUGGGCGCCGCCUGCGAGAUCGCCGCCCGGGAGAUGGACUACGACAACCGCCGCAUCGCCGCCCUCCAGGCCAGGCUCCUCGAGGGGAUCCGCUCCCGGGUCGACGACGUCGUGGUGAACGGCAGCGUCGAGCACCGCUACCCGGGGAACCUGAACCUCUCCUUCGCCUACGUGGAGGGGGAGAGCCUCCUGAUGGGCCUCAAGGAGGUGGCCGUGUCGAGCGGGAGCGCCUGCACCAGCGCCAGCCUCGAGCCCUCCUACGUGCUGCGGGCGCUGGGGGUGGACGAGGACAUGGCCCACACCUCUAUCCGCUUCGGCAUCGGCAGGUUCACCACCGAGGCCGAGAUCGACCGCGCCGUCGAGCUCACCGUCCAGCAGGUGCGGAAGCUUCGGGAGAUGAGCCCCCUCUACGAGAUGGCUAAGGCAGGGAUCGACCUCAAGAGCAUCCAGUGGGCUCAGCACUGAGAUCGACGCCGCGGUAUCUGCAGACUCCGUUAAGGUUGUUGCUUGUUAUUAAGGAAGGGCGGCGGCGGCAGCAAAAGCAUCACAAAUUCGUUCGAAGAGAAGUACAUGUAAGAUGAGGUAACCGACCUUGCUUGAUAGAUAGUACCCUCUUUCGCUUGUAAAUCCGCUCUUCUCCGGCCUGUUUUCGUGCGCAAUCACACUGUAUAAAUCUUGAAAUAAUAGAGUGGUCAAGGAUGCAUCCACUCCUACUACCGUAGCAGUACGUGCAGAAUUUUCUCUCUUUGGCUUGGGGAGACUGGAAAAUAAACAGUUUCACUUAGUAGAAUUAGAGAACUCAUAAGUUAAAGAGGUUUGCCGCUUGAUCUUCAUUGUGAAUUGUGCUAGUUUUUGUUUGUUAAUCUAUAUAUCGUGUAUUUUGAUGUACUAGCUUGCUUCUUUUGGUUUUUCUUAUGUUGUGGCAUCUUUCUCAAUUUGUUCCCGCUUCUAGAAAGUGUGUCAGUAUGACAUUGGUUUUUAUACCUGAUAACAUCUUCCUUUACUGCUAUAAUUUUGUGUUUGUUAUCUUGCACUUUUGUUUAUUUGAGGUCAGUAAGUUCUAUUGUAAUUCUUCAG